AGUGGAUGGACAUACCAAUACCUACGACCACAUCCAUGACAAAAGUACAUGUCCAACAACAAGCGCAGCUACCACGACCACGUCGACGGCCACACCAGGUCUCGUUUGGGAAGGCGUCGCUUGCGCUUGGAAUUGCAAACGUGAUUAACUUGUCGGCCAUCCCACUGAAAGCGUACAUCAGCGAAUCGUUCCCGUGGUCCAUGCAGCCGCCGCAGCUGGCUAUCCCGCUGAAUGCCACGUUCGAUACAUACACUGCCGCAACACAUGCCUACCUGGCAUCGUUGUACAACAACCAGACGAUGGCACCAGCCGACAUUUUCUCACGCGAUCUCUCUCGCAAUACAUUUGUGCUUCGAUACAAGUUGACUCUUGAUCCUGAAGACACCCAUUGCUUAACUUCCAUGCUUCGUUUCCCAGGUGCCUUUUUCUACGGUCUGGGCACCCAAGCGCUUGUAUGCGACUUCCUCGCUCAAAACACUUCCACUCGCCAACGCACCGCACCGUGGAUCUCGUGUCAACGAGACCAGUUGCUUGGCCAUCCGGCGGUCGAAGUGUGCACGUGGAUUGAAGCCCUUGACGAAUGCGACGACGUUUGUUGGUCUCCGAAGUACGCCGUCUAUCACGCUGGUCUGUUGUGGGAAAGCGUGGCCUUCGCCUGGGUCAAACUUGGCCUCCGGUGCAUGCUCGUGGGGGUCAUAUGGCGACAACUGUGGGUGUCGUACUUUUCGCACUAUUCGUCGCUGAUUGUCAAUCUCAAGACGCUCGGUCUGCCGCGCAGUGGGGGUGGCGACGAUUAUGUGGGGGACACCACUGUUUCGUACGUGCUACACGUCGGGGACCCUACGUGGCUCAUUCUCAGCCAUCCGUUUGUGUCGCUGGCCAUGGUUGUGGAUUGCUUUGCGAGUGCGUCGUACAUGGGUGUCGCUGGCAAUCGCGUCAGUCAAGUCGGUGAUGCCGUGCAGUUUGUCCUCGGCUGUUUGUAUGGAUCGCGCCUCGCGUGGGUGGCGUACUUGACCAUGCACGUGGCGUCAUGGCCGAUCAAACGCUGGCACCUCGAGGAGUACUUCGACCCCGUAGAUUCAGGAUGGAUGGCCAUCUCGUCGUCGGUCUACGCCGGCCCGAUCAUGUGGCUUGCGACCAAUUCGAUCCUCAUGGUGCCAUUUCAGGGGAUGUUUACGUUUUUGGUUGCCGCGCCCCUCGAAACGUCCGAGAUCUCCACCGGCACGUUAUGUUUCUUUGCGUUGUUUGGCUCGGCGCCGCUGCUGCACUCGUACAUGCUGCGUCGAGUACACAUGUUUCUCGCUCGGCGCCAUCGGCGGGAAUUGGACUCGUUUGCGUCCAUGACCAAGUUCAACGACCUCAAGCAGCGCGUCGUUCUGGGCUCGUGUCGAUACAUCAUAUACCGUGGUCGGGACCAGGUCAUCAAUAAUCCCCCUCUGGUGCGCAACGGAGGGGGUGGCUUGCAUCGACUGGUGGAGUCGCACUGCCAGUACAAAUGGCGGCCCCUCUUUUGCACCCGCGCCGCCGAUUGCUUUGUCGAAUGCAUGAAUGACCAUGCUGCUGUGGAAAUGAUCCGAUUGAGCUUGAUACACAGCUUGGCCCUGCCCGCGACCUCGCAUUGUCCGUGUCUACACGAGGACCGAAGUGUGUGCGUCCUGAGCAAUGAAGCGUGCAACAGCAGCAACGAGAACAAAAUAGAAUCGUCGUCGCCACUUUCCCCGUGCUUGCAUCAUGCUGCGUCCAACUGCCCGUGGCUCAUGUAAACCCAUCCUAAUUUACAUGAUGUCGUG